CCUAGAGCGUCUACUAUUAACGAAAGAAACUUCUUCGUGACUAUUUUAAAAUUAAAAACAAAAAAGGAAGAAAAGCAGGAAGCAGGUGAAGAAGAGCUUUAGGCAACCUCUCCCCUACUCUCUUACCCCUCCACUGCCAUGGGCGCAUAGCCAAACGCAGCAACCAGCAAGCCAGCACCUCCGUUCGGCGUCCAGGCUGUUCAGCAGGCAGCCGCUCUCCGCCCAGACGAGGCCAACGCAGGUCCGCAGCAGUCUUCCGCUGCCUCAGUGCCUCAGCCGGCCUCACGGGCAACCCUCAGUCCAGGCUCCGACUCGGCAACACGAAUCUACUCUUCUGCGAGGCUCUUCCAAUUUCAGCCCUAGCUGAGCGUUGCCUUAGCCCUAGUGAGAAUGAGUGAGGAAGAACAAGAGAUUGAGGGAGCAAGCUCUUCAGAAGAGGAGAAGGCAGAAUCCAAUAAUGCAAAGGCAGAAAGCAGAAAAAAUAGAAGGAAGAAGAGAUUGUUGAAAGAAGCUGCAAAGGCUGACAAGCGUGGGGUUUGUUAUUUGAGUCGAAUACCUCCUCGCAUGGACCAUGUCAAGCUUCGUCAGAUUCUAUCUCAGCAUGGUGAAAUACAAAGGAUUUAUCUUGCACCUGAAGAUCCUACAGCACAAGUACAUCGUAAACGAGCUGGUGGAUUUCGAGGACAAGUGUUUUCUGAAGGGUGGGUUGAAUUUACAAAGAGAAGUGUGGCAAAGAGGGUUGCUGACAUGUUAAAUGGUGAACAGAUAGGUGGGAAGAAGAGGUCUCAAUUCUAUUAUGAUCUUUGGAAUGUCAAGUACUUGAGUAAAUUCAAGUGGGAUGAUCUUACUGAAGAAAUUGCAUAUAAGAAUGCAAUUCGUGAGCAGAAACUAGCUUUGGAAAUUUCUGCUGCCAAGAGGGAAAGGGAUUUCUACCUUUCUAAAGUUGAUCAGUCCCAUGCUUUGAGUUCUAUUGAAGAACGAAUUAAGAAGAAGCAAAAGGUUCGAGAAGAUUCAGGAACAAAUUCUGAGCUUCCUGCCAAUAAGAAGGAUAUAAACGUGCUUCGCCAAUUUCCACAAACUCGACCAAUUGAAGAUAAGAAGGCCGAGAACAAGUCUCGGCUCUCUAAAGAGAUCCUGGCUCAGGUGAGCAUCACUCCGACACAUUAUUUUUAAUUUUGGUUGAUCCGUUUAUUGAAGCAUGUCACUUGCAGGUAUUUUGCGGUUCUUCAUGAUUUAUACCUCUGCAUCAGGAUGUGAAAUACAGGGAUAGAGUUUGGGCGUCUUUGUGAGCUUUACUCUUGCUUUGAGGUUGGGUUACCCCUUCAAUUUUAGCAGUGAUUAAUUAAGUACUACUCUGACUCGUUUUUCUGCUCUGGCCAGAAUCAUUAUGAACAUGUUCAACAUUGUAGAACAAAAUGAGUGGGGAUAAUAGUUUGCCCAAUGCCUGUAAUUCAAGUUCACAUUUAUUUAUUACUUUUGUUUA